AUGCCGAUCCGUGUCCCCCCCCCAGAGCUGGUGCUGGGCCAGGCGGCGGCGCCGGCGCGGCCGCGCCCGCCCGCCGCAGAGCCCCUGGGCAGCCCGCGCGGCCGCAGCCGCGUGCUGGCCCGCACGGCGCGCUGGUGCAACGUGACGCUGCAGUGCCAGGCGGAGGGCGGCAUCAACGUCACCUGGAGCCGCGGGGACGGCGGGAACGGCGGGAUCGGCGGGGACGGCGGCGGCGGGAACGGGGACGGCACCGCGCUGCGCCUGGCGCUGCCGCCCGCCGCCGCCAACGGCACCUACGUGUGCACCGUGAGCAGCCCGGCCGAGCGCAAGGUCGUCGUGUUCGACCUGCGGGAGAUCUGCCAGGGCGCGGGGGGAUCCGUGUCCUGGUCCGUGUCGGGCUACGUGGGGCUGAGCCUGGUGCUGCUGGCCGGGAGCCUGGGAGCAGCCCUGUGGUGCUGGCGCAGGAGCGGCGGGAAGGCGGCCGAGCCAGCUGCCCCCCCGCCGGGGCCGGCGGCCGAGAGCCCCUCGGACCCCCAGUACGCCGAGAUCGUGCGGAGGAGCCCCCCGGAGGGCAAGGACCAGGGCCUCCGUCUUCCCGAGAACAACCCGGAGCGGAGCCUGYCGGAGGAAGCGCCGGCGCACGAGCAGCUCCGCCGGCCCUCGGAGAGCGGCGCCCAGGAGGUGACCUAGGCGCCGGCAGAGCCGGAGCGUCGGGAUUUACGGGAAGGGCUUUAACGUGCGUCGUGUGCCAAACCCGACCCCCCACCCCG